GCCGGAAGUGGCUUCUGUCAGUCGCGCAGCAGAGUCGGGCGAAGCUUGGUGGGAAGCGGUAUCCUGUUCCUUGGUUUUCGCUGUUGGGAUUCAAUCAGAUUUUGGGAGUCUCCGCCGCAGCCGUCACCAUGUCGGUCCCCAGCGCACUCAUGAAGCAGCCGCCCAUUCAGUCUACGGCUGGGGCCGUCCCAGUUCGCAAUGAGAAAGGUGAGAUUUCAAUGGAAAAAGUGAAGGUAAAACGUUAUGUGUCCGGAAAGAGGCCAGAUUAUGCCCCUAUGGAAUCAUCAGAUGAAGAGGAUGAAGAAUUUCAGUUCAUUAAGAAAGCUAAGGAACAAGAAGCAGAGCCUGAGGAACAGGAGGAGGACUCAUCCAGCGAUCCCCGGCUUCGGCGCCUACAGAACCGCGUUAGUGAAGAUGUGGAAGAGAGAUUGGCUCGACACCGAAAAAUAGUGGAGCCUGAAGUAGUAGGAGAAAGUGACUCAGAAGUAGAAGGGGAUGCUUGGCGUAUAGAGCGAGAAGAUAGCAGCGAAGAAGAGGAGGAAGAAAUUGACGAUGAGGAAAUUGAACGGCGCCGUGGCAUGAUGCGUCAGCGAGCGCAAGAGAGGAAAAAUGAAGAGAUGGAAGUCAUGGAAGUGGAAGAUGAAGGCCGCUCUGGGGAGGAGUCGGAGUCAGAGUCAGAGUAUGAGGAGUACACGGACAGUGAAGAUGAAAUGGAGCCUCGACUUAAGCCUGUCUUCAUUCGAAAGAAGGACCGAGUGACAGUCCAAGAACGAGAAGCUGAAGCAUUGAAACAGAAGGAACUGGAGCAGGAAGCAAAACGCAUGGCUGAGGAGCGGCGCAAGUACACACUAAAGAUUGUAGAAGAAGAGACCAAGAAAGAGCUAGAGGAGAACAAGCGGUCCCUCGCCGCUCUGGACGCACUCAAUACAGAUGAUGAAAAUGAUGAGGAGGAAUAUGAGGCAUGGAAAGUCCGAGAGCUCAAAAGAAUCAAGAGGGACAGAGAAGACCGGGAAGCACUUGAAAAAGAGAAAGCAGAAAUUGAACGCAUGCGAAACCUUACUGAGGAAGAAAGGCGGGCUGAACUUCGGGCAAAUGGCAAAGUCAUUACCAACAAAGCUGUUAAAGGCAAAUACAAGUUUUUACAAAAGUAUUAUCACCGUGGUGCCUUCUUCAUGGAUGAGGAUGAAGAAGUCUACAAGAGAGAUUUUAGCGCACCUACUCUUGAGGACCAUUUCAACAAAACCAUUCUUCCAAAAGUCAUGCAGGUCAAGAAUUUUGGACGGUCUGGUCGUACCAAGUACACCCACCUUGUGGAUCAAGAUACCACUUCCUUUGACUCUGCGUGGGGCCAGGAGAGUGCCCAGAACACAAAGUUCUUUAAACAAAAGGCCGCUGGGGUGCGUGACGUGUUUGAGCGACCAUCUGCCAAGAAGAGGAAAACCACCUAAGCUUCAGCUGCUCAUUCCAAACGUGGCACACAAGGGGAUCGGGCCCUCAAUUUUCUUUAACCAUUAUUUACAUAGUUCUUGUACAGAGCCUUCUGGACUUGCUGCCCUAACUUGUUUUGAAAGGUGCUUUUUGAGAGGUUUGGACUCAUACUGAGAAACCCACAGAAAAGCACUAACCAGGUAGGAUUAGAGGCUUCUCUCACUUAAUUUAAAACUGUUUCUGAGAAAUCUUAGGUUUCUCUCAUGGCUUCCCAUAUUGACUUGGGACUGUUCUAAGUUUGUUUGUCCAGCAUCUUAGCCUGGAUGAGACAUGUGGGCAUGUGAUGGUGGCACAUUACUUCUUCCUUAGGGUUAGGAGUAUGCGCUCAGAAACUCCAAGCUCAGUCCAACCUGGUUUUGCAUUUGGUGUGUUGAAUCUACUUUUCUAAGUAAAUAUACUUUUUGAUCUGUGUAUGUGUGAGAAAGGGGGUGGGGAACUACACCAGGAAUAUUUUUACUAUAAUAUUGGAAUAAAAUGUAUAAUCUGACAA